AUGUCUUUCCAACAGCAGCAGUGCAAGCAGUCCUGCCAGCCUCCACCUGUUUGCCUACCACCGAAGUGCCCUGAGCCCUGUCCUCCCCCAAAGUGCCCAGAGCCUUGUCUUCCUCCAAUGUGCCCAGAGCCUUGUCUUCCUCCAAUGUGCCCAGAGCCCUGUCCUGAGCCAUGUCCUCCUCCAUCAUACCAGCAGAAAUGCCCUCCUGUGCAACCUCCUCCACCCUGCCAGCAGAAGUGCCCACCCAAGAGCAAGUGA